AUGCCCGCCGCCGCCGUUCCCGCCCGCCCCGGCGCGCUGCUGCUCCUCCCACGCGCGUCCGACCAGUCGCCCAACGGCUACGCCCCCUCGCCGGUCGACUGCCCCGCCUCGCGGCCCGCCGUCCGCCUCGCCGCCGCCGGGCUGUCGGCCCAGGAGAGGGCGUGGCUGCCGCGGCGGCGCAACGCGACCGUCGCCCCCAUGCGCGCCCUGCUGAAGCGCAUCGCCAUCCCGGGCUUCGACGUCGACGGCUACCUCGGCCGCGCGGACGGGCAGCCCCCCGCCGCCGCCCUGCCCAACAUCGGCCUGGCCGUGUCGGGCGGCGGCUACCGCGCCAUGCUCAACGGCGCCGGCGCCCUCGCCGCCUGGGACGCCCGCUCCUCCGGCAGCGACGCCAGGGGCAACCUGGGCGGCCUGCUCCAGAGCGCCACCUACCUGUCCGGCUUGUCCGGCGGCAGCUGGCUCGUCGGCAGCAUCUACGCCAACAACUUCACCUCGGUCCAGGACGCCGUCAACGCGCCCGAGAUUUGGCAGUUUGACGAAUCCAUCCUCAAAGGUCCCUCGCAGUACAGCCUGAUCCAGUACUACAAGACCAUUCUCGACGAGGUGCAGGCCAAGCAAAGGGCCGGCUUCGAAACCACAAUCACCGACUACUGGGGCCGCAUGCUCUCCUACCAGCUCGUCAACGCCGUCAACGGCGGCCCCGGCUACACCUUCUCGUCCGUCGCGCUCGACGCCGACUUCGCCGCGGGCAAGGCCCCCCUGCCGCUCAUUGUCGCCGACGGCCGCGACCCGGGCCAGAAGAUCGUCUCGGCCAACUCGACCAUCUUCGAGUUCAACCCGUGGGAGUUUGGCUCCUUUGACCCCUCGCUCGACGGCUUCGUGCCCCUGCGGUACGUGGGCUCCAACUUCACCAACGGCUCCGUCCCCGCCGGCGGCCGGUGCGUCGUGGGCUUCGACAACGCCGGCUUCGUCAUGGGCACCUCCAGCAGCCUCUUCAACCAGAUCGUGCUGUACCUCAAGGACGGCAACUCCAACUACGUCCCCGACGACGUGCCCCGCUUCAUCGUCGACGCCGUCGUCUCCCUGCUCAACGCCCUCGGCGACCAGGACGAGGACAUUGCCGAGUGGACCCCCAACCCCUUCCGCGGCUGGAACCCGGCCGCCAACCCCGGCGCCAACUCGACCCGCCUGACCCUGGUCGACGGCGGCGAGGACCUGCAGAACGUCCCGUACCACCCGCACCUGCUGCGCGCCCGCGCCGUCGACGUCGUCUUCUCCCUCGACUCGUCCGCCGACACCGACUCGGGCUGGCCCGACGGCGCCUCCGCCAUCGCCACCUACCAGCGCUCGCUGCUGCCCUCCGUCGCCAACGGCACCGGCUUCCCCCCCGUCCCCGGCCGCGACACCUUCCUCAACCUCGGCCUCAACACCCGCCCCGUCUUCUUCGGCUGCAACGCCACAAACCUCACCGUCCCGGCGCCCCUCAUCGUCUACAUCCCCAACUACCCCUACGUCUACCACUCCAACAUCUCCACCUUCCAAAUGUCCAUCAAGUCCGGCGAGCGCGACGCCAUCAUCCAGAACGGCUGGGCCGUCGCCACCCAGCUCAACGGCACGCGGGAUCCCGACUGGCCCGUCUGCGCGGGCUGCGCCAUCCUGGCCCGCAGCUUCGACAGGACGAGGGCCGCGGUUCCCGACAAGUGCCGCCAGUGCUUUGCCCGCUACUGCUGGAACGGGACCCUCAACGAGGCCAAGCCGGCGCCGUACGUGCCCGACUACUUUGGUAAACCUAUCGCUCUGCAGGCUUCGAGUGCUGCGCACGACGGCGGCGGUGCCGGGACCCUUGUCAUGUCUAUGUCUUUGCUGGUUAUGACCUUUACGGCGUUGAUCUUGUAG